GCGGUUCCCUCGCCCACGCCGUCCACCUCGUCGCAGAUGGCUUCGCAGACCAAGAAGCGACCUCGCCCCGAUGACAACAUUGUGUACUCCCAGCCACAGUCCACCAGCACUGGCCAGGAGAUUAUGACGCGUAUCGUCUAUGCCUGCGAAUAUCUCAAGGAGAAGAACCGUCCUCUUCUGUUUUCCGAUGUAUUCAGCCAUCUUUCGAUCCAGGUGAACGUGGAGGGCCAUGCGAAACCCCAGCCCGCCGAGCAGGGGGGUAGGGAGUGGAAUACGAUCCAGAGCAUUCUGCAAAAGCACAAGCAAGUCGACUAUGACCCGAACGGCUUCAACGGCAAGGGCUCGUACCGCUACCGGCCCAAGCACAACGUUCGGUCAGCCGACGAGCUCAAGGGCUUCCUACAGCGGCAGACCAGCUCGGUGGGCAUCAGGGUUUCGGAGCUCAAGGACGGGUGGCCGGGCGCGAUUGACGCGAUCAACGAGCUCGAGGCCAAGGGCGAGCUACUCGUGACGCGCAACCAGAAGACUAACCAGCCGCUACUAGUAUGGCAGAACGACCCGUCGCUGACGCACGCCAUGGACGCCGAGUUCAAGAGCAUGUGGCUCAGCAUCCAGCUGCCGCAGAACCCGGACGACCUGCGCAGCCGCCUCGUGGCGGCCAACCUGAACCCCACGAGCGCGCCGCGCGAGGUCAAGGCCACGGGCAAGCCAAAGGAGAAGAAGAAGAAGGCGCAGCGCAAGGGCAAGACGACGUCGAAUACGCACAUGCUGGGCAUGUUUAGAGACUACACCGAUAAGAAGAAG